AUGGAAGGAAUUUUAAGUUAAACUAAACAACGCAUUGGAACUAUCAAUGAAGCUGCAAAAUACUAUACGGUGGACAACAUUUUCAUCCACUCUGGAUAUAGAAUCAACUACUCUACUCCUUGGCAAAUACUAAAAUCACUCUUUUAGAAACAUAAUGAACUUAUAAAUGUUUGGACUCAUUUUAUAGGUUCAUUUCUUACCUUCCUGUUAAUUCUAUACAUUGUUAGUUAUCAUUAUGAUUAUAGAAAAAGAUUAGAAUAAGACAUUGACUAAAUAUUUAGUUUUAAUUCGACGCAAUAUCCAACUCCAAUCAACAUCCAAAACACUGAGGCAGAUAAACUCAAAUAUGAAGAACUUAUUAAUAAAAUUGAUCAUUUUCAAAAUUAAAUGCUGACUUCUGAAUCUUACAAAGAGAUUGUUCAUUUAAUGAAAAUUACAAUAGAAAUACUAAAUUUUGAAGAAGUAAAAGAAUACGCAAUUGUAUUCUAAAAUAAAUUUAAUUUGUUUAAAGAUAAAAUAAUAUAAGAAGUAAAUAUUAUUUAAUAUCAAUAAGAUCGACAGUGAACAAUUUGAUUGGGUCGAAAUCUACAAGCAUGACUAUUCCCAUACUUCUAUAUUGA